AGGUUAAAAAAUGUCCUUCUAUGCUUGACACCUACAGACCACAUGUUCUACAGGAACUAAUCAAUGGUUUUUCCUGGAGAGACAUCAGAAACAUAGAUAUGGUGCCAAAAGAACUCCUUACCUUUCUCUGACUAUGGUUUAUUUGGACAUACUUUUCUAUUGAAGAGAAGUACACAAACCGAGGCUACUCGUACAGAAACUCUGUUCGUGUAAGAUCAUGGACCAUCCUGGUAGGGAAAAGGAUGAAAGACAACGGACAACUAAAGCCAUGGCACAAAGGAGUGCACACUGCUCCCGACCAUCUGGAUCCUCAACAUCCUCUGGGGUUCUUAUGGUGGGACCCAACUUCAGGGUUGGCAAGAAGAUAGGGUGUGGGAACUUUGGAGAACUCAGAUUAGGUAAAAAUCUCUACACCAAUGAAUAUGUAGCAAUCAAACUGGAACCAAUAAAAUCACGUGCUCCACAGCUUCAUUUAGAGUACAGAUUUUAUAAACAGCUUGGCAAUGCAGGUGAAGGUCUCCCACAGGUGUAUUACUUUGGACCAUGUGGGAAAUACAAUGCUAUGGUGUUGGAACUCCUUGGCCCUAGUUUGGAAGACUUGUUUGACCUCUGUGACCGAACAUUCACUUUGAAGACGGUAUUAAUGAUAGCUAUCCAGUUGCUUUCUCGAAUGGAGUAUGUGCACUCAAAGAAUCUCAUUUACCGAGAUGUCAAGCCAGAGAACUUCCUGAUUGGCCGACAAGGCAAUAAGAAAGAGCACGUUAUACACAUUAUAGACUUUGGACUGGCCAAGGAAUACAUUGACCCCGAAACCAAAAAACACAUACCUUAUAGGGAGCACAAGAGUUUAACUGGAACUGCAAGAUAUAUGUCCAUCAACACGCAUCUUGGCAAAGAGCAAAGCCGGCGAGAUGAUUUGGAAGCUCUAGGCCAUAUGUUCAUGUAUUUCCUUCGAGGCAGCUUACCCUGGCAAGGACUCAAGGCUGAUACGUUAAAAGAGAGAUAUCAAAAAAUUGGUGACACCAAAAGGAAUACUCCCAUUGAAGCUCUCUGUGAGAACUUUCCAGAGGAGAUGGCAACCUACCUUCGAUAUGUCAGGCGAUUAGACUUCUUUGAAAAACCUGACUAUGAGUAUUUACGGACCCUCUUUACAGACCUCUUUGAAAGGAAGGGCUACACCUUUGACUACGCCUACGAUUGGGUUGGAAGACCUAUUCCUACUCCAGUAGGGUCAGUUCAUGUAGAUUCUGGUACAUCUGCAAUAACUCGAGAAAGCCACACACACCGGGAUCGGCCAUCACAACAGCAGCCUCUUCGAAAUCAGACUGCAACGUCAGAACGCCGAGGAGAGUGGGAAAUCCAGCCCAGCCGGCAGACCAAUACCUCAUACCUGACGUCUCACUUGGCUGCAGACCGCCAUGGGGGAUCAGUGCAGGUGGUUAGCUCAACCAAUGGAGAGCUGAAUGUCGAUGACCCCACUGGAGACCACUCCAAUGCACCAAUCACAGCUCAUGCCGAGGUGGAGGUAGUGGAGGAAGCUAAGUGCUGCUGUUUCUUUAAGAGGAAAAGGAAGAAGACUGCUCAGCGCCACAAGUGACCAGUGCCUCCCAGGAGUCCUCGGGUCCUGGGGACUGUGACUCGAUUGCACCUGAAGCUCCUGCCAUUUCUCAUUGGAAGGGACUCCUCUGUGGGAGAGGGUGGAGAUUCAAACCAAAAAGAAAACAGAUGCCCCCAGCAGGAGCCAGUGUGGGCAGCCAGGGCCCAGUGGGCCAGUGGCCAUCCCCACCUGCCUAAGGCUCUGAGCAGGUCCCAGAGCUACUGCUCCUCCACUGCUUGCCCUUGGGGCUACCUGGUUGACUCUCCUUCCCAUUGUUUACAGUGAAGUUGUUAUUCACAAAAACUCAAGGACUACUAUAUUCUCCUUCCUUUUACUCCUGGUUCUUGCCCGACCCUCAACCUUCUCCAGCAAAAAAGCUAGUGAGCUUAAAGGCUUUGUCUGAGGAAGGAGCCAAGAGGCUGGGGGCAAGGCCAGGAAGGCAGAAGGAAGAUGACAGACCUGAGUUGGAGAAGAACCUUCUCCUUCUCCCAGGUGUGUCUGGCAGUGUAGCUUCCUCUCCCUCUGUGCCUGUGCAGCCUCCAUCCCACCUGGCCACGGGGUUCAGGCUCUUUCCUCCCUCCUGUGAAGUACACUGUAGGACACAAGCUGUGAGAAAUCUGCAGUCUACUGUUCCCUUGUAUUGGCGUUCCUAGCUUUCUUGACAAGUGAACUCUUUUUUUCCAGGCAGUAGUAGGACAAUGCAGAUUGUUCUGAUCAAAGGAAAGAAAACUGACUAUAUUGCACUUUUAGUUUUUUUUAAAAAAAAAACAAAAAACAUGACAGAUGCAUAUUGUGUCUGGUUAUACUGGGAGUUUUACUUUUUUCUGUUUUGAGGGGAAUGGGGCCAGCCAAGCCAUUCAGAGAGAACAUGGGUCCAGAGGACAUUCUCAACGGAAAGAGUUUAAUCUGCAGCACCCAGAAGAGAAGAAGCCAAACUGUCAUUCUGAGUGAACAGAUGAACAUUCAGGUUGGCAAGAAAACAUACUUGAAUUUUCAUUUAUCUUCUCAGCUGUUGAAGAAUGUCCCUACCAGAGCCUCUCGACCUAGUCAAUCUGCAGAUUGAAAACCUAACUCUCCAGCACAUGGGAUGAGCCAGCGAGCCCAGACUGUGACCAGAGACAGCUCGUCCCAGAGAAGGAGAUGCUUAACAACAAAAUCUGAAAUGUCUGUUUCCUCUACUGCCAGGGACUUCUAACUAGAUAGCUUUGUGACUUCCUGGUGACUUGGGGGACAAAAUUAGUGAUCAAACAGCCACUAUCAUGUUGCUACUAGUGGACAAAAAGAGGGCGACAGUGAAUCUGCCUUCCAACUGCCAGAGGAGCCUCAGGGUAUGGCAUUAUAGGGCCAGGAUAAGAAAAUUGGUGUGUCCUGUCUGCCCCAGUAGCUGAGCUGUAGCAUUGGGGCUGGCCUGUCUUCUCAGAAAGCAAGCCCCUGAAGAUCUUCUCCCAGCAGGUCCAUAGCAGCAGGCUUAGGACUCAGUACAUGGGGCUACAGUGAGCAGAAGGGUAAGGUUAGUUGGUGAUGGAAACAGGAAAAAGGAGAUUAAAAUGAAAGGUCUGAAAUUAUCUUCUCAGUUGGACAUAGACUUCUUCCAGAUAAGAUGGCCAUGCAUCUAAGCAUGUUUUCCCCUGUACACCCUCCACCUCCCACCAUGGUGUAUUCACAUUGCCAUGAAGGAUCUUGGUUCCUCAUUCACUUUGAAAAGAUAGUGUGUGGAGUUACUCUUAUGCUCGAUUUUCAUUUGAGUUUAUAGCUUAUCCAGACAGCAACUUUUCAUUACAGAUGUAACAGAGGACAAAGGAUUAUUUACGUAAGGAAAGGAAGCCUUGUAUCUGGGAGUAGACAGCUAACCAUGGAGGACAGUGGCUGGUGCCUUAGUCUGGUGGUUUAUGGAACAGAAAUCUUUACCUUUGGUUUGACAUGUAAAGCUGUCUUUUGGACUGGAGGGUGUGGGGAUACUUUCUGGUAGUUGGCAUUUCCUGACAAGUUCCUUGAUGUACCUUACAUGGAGCAGAAAUUGCCACAUUAGCAUGGAUCAGAAUUACUGGGUUCCAUUGGACCCUUGGCUACUGAAUAUCACUUCACUGGCUUCAAACCUGCUUAGCUAAUGUAAAGAUCGUAAUCUCAUUUCUUUAAAAGAAAUUUUUCUGUAUAUGAAACAUAGAGCGGCAGGGAGAUGCAGUGUCACACCCUUCCUUGCAAGGACAUUGAAAAUUGGAGUUUGCUGCCUUGCUAUUACCUAAUGAUUAAAGCUCCAUCGCAGAAAUUUCCAUAUUGUCUCCAUUGGCAUUUGAGCAGCACUAGUGUUUAGAAACUUUAACUUCCUCAUCCCUGUAUAAAAAAAUGUCUUGCCUCUCAAGGGAGGGCAGGGGAAAUGGUGGCAUAGCCUGGAGCAUCACGGCACUCUAUACUCCACCAAGUGCCUCUUCCAACCCCUCCACCCCCACUCCACAAAAAAGCAAAGGCAAUGAGCAGCUUGGCUGCAGAGCAGGCUGCCUUGUAGCUUGGGUUUGUAACUUUUUUGUGUGUGUCUUAAAAUUUUUAAAAGACUAGUUCUUGAGCAGUUGGUGGGUAUACAGUCCUUCCUAAUGCAUUGUUCUCACCCUCCAACCCCCACAAAUCUCGUAACUAGUAUAUUUAAUUUUCUUAACAAUGGUGAAGAGCCCCAGUUCCCUUUGGCAUGCAAGGUAAUUAAUGGUGAUCUUUCUAGGGCCACUGGCAUGCCACAGUGUUCCCAGACUUGGGAGAUUCUGUUGUCAUGUUCUUUAGAAAACAAAACCGUAAAAAACUGAGUACCCUAGAAGCCAUUUGACCAUCAGUUCCGGCCCCACCAGCACAUCAGAGCUCCCUCCUCAGGCGUGUUGCUACAGUUUCUUAGCUGUAUGCCUCAGCCAGAUCCUUGGAGUUGGGCCCUCCCUCUAUCACCCCCACGUCCACCCCCAAAUCCACUUAUGGUGCUCGUGGAUCUUUUUCUUUGGGAUUUGAUGGAUGCCGUUGUUUCUCUUUAAAGCUGACUCAGUAUCUGUCCAUUAAAAACCCUUGAUAUACCACUGGGAGUUCUCCCAAGUCCUACUGGCAUUGCGUCCUGAGCAGAUUGAAGCAGGCAGGCCUGCAUUCCACCAAGGCAUAUAAAGGGUUCUUUCCUUGUGGCCAGAGCAUGAUUUACAUCUGUGCAGUCUAAGCAUGUAAAGUUUGACCCGUUGCUCUACACACCUUGGCACAUUUUAGAGAUCUCACUUUAGACUGUACCACAAGGGUAGAUGGAGUGUCCCAGCAGCCAGUGUAUAUCCUUGACUGCCUUAAGUAACGUUCAUCUGCUAUUCUGGGUCUGUCUAGGAGUAAACAGGGUCUAGGAAGCUACAAGUCAGGCUAACUGGAAGUUAGCCUCCAAUUAAAUUCCGUUUUACUUUGGAAUGCAUGAGCUACAUGUGAAAGCGGGGAUCCUGAGGUUUCUGAAAGUGUUGAUUGCCUGUUUAUCCUCAUUGAACUCCAAAAAGCAGCCCCUGCUCAUUAGCCAGAAGAGGCAUCCAUCGCCUCUAGAGUAAUUUUCACUUAGUUCAGUGGAAAUGUACGCUGGUAUUGCAAAUUCAAUGUAGAUUUUCAGUGUUAGCAACCACUUUUAAUGCCAGAAGUAUGCAACAAUGGUGAUGUCAAAGUGGUUACUAAAGAUUAUAGCUUUAACUUUUUAAAUUUAUAUAAAAGAUAUAAUCCCUUCUCCAUCCCCAGUAAGCAAGCAUGGCCUGUAUUUCCUAAAAAUAAGAUCUUCCGUGGCAGCUUAGAAGGCAUCUCCUCAAAGGAACUGAUGCAUCUUUCCCAAGCCCACAUGCCUCCUGUGUCCCAGCCACCUCUUAUUUUCGUAUAAACCAGUUUUCCAACCCCAUUGAGUUGCCCUGACAAUGUAUCUGAUGUCAGAGCCUCACUAGGGCUGCAGUUUCUCAGAUUGGGAGCUUGCAUGCCAUACGGCCAACGUUGCCUUUGCCGGGCCACUGCCACCAUCCCCAUCAUUGCCCCAAGGUGGGCAGACGAAUUCCAGAAACCCUCAGGGAGCCAGAAUAAGUAGGCACUCCAUUUGGAUUGACCAUGUGGGUGACAGGCACUUUUCUCUGGGGUCUAUGCUUUUGCAGAUGCCAGGGAAGUCCCAUCUAGAAGCUGGUGGCCCAUGACACCCCCAUCUUCCCCGUGAUGGGUCAGUAAGAAUCAAAUUUGGGAUUCCUUUGGGUUUGGAUUGGUGGGGUGUGGGAAGAGUUGUUUCUGAAUAAGAAAAAGAAGAGGCAACCAUGGCCCUUCUGUGGGUUUGUAGAGUUAUGAGCAGUGUUUUAGCCACAAGUAAGGAAUCUUGGAAGUCUUUGAUCCAGUAAGCAGUCUUAAAAAUGUUUUUCCUAACUCCUUUUGCAGGUGACUAAGUGCAAAUGAAUAGUUUCUCAUUGUAUUCAAAAUAUUAAGUAGGUUCCCUGGAUAUAAACAAUAAUAGCUGACAUUUUCUCAAAAAGCAACUAGGAAACCCAUUCCAGUAUUGGUAGAUCAGCUUACAAAGGAAAAAGUGAACAUGUACUCCAUUUAUUUCAAGUUUGAUUACCAAACUUCAUGUUCUAAAGAAAUCUCGGUUGUGUGGACAGAAUUUCUUUUGUUAUUUUUUCUUCUUUUACUCCUCACAAUCACUUUUCCGGUGCCAUCACCACCUUUAAGGUCUCAGAGCAGAGGAUUAUCUACAGUAGUAAAUGGGGGUGCAGUGUAGGCAUCCCAGUAACA